AUGGUUGACGACAACAAAGACAACCCACUGCAAGAACUACAAAAUGCUUAUUGCCCUCCUCUGGAUACCGCGCUCUUCAGCGCGAUUAGCUCCGACUUCGACCUGACGGACCCGGCGAGCCUAGAGCAAUUGAAGGACACUCUGGAUGCAUUAAGGGUUACGGCGGAAGAACAACAGGAUCUGCCCUUUGAUCCCUCUGGGACAGGUGGGCUCUCAUUGACGGAAGCAGUCUACAACGACGGUAAUACGUCGCGGAAUGACACAAAUGGAUCUCGAGAGACAGAUAUUACCUCGUUGGCAUCGGACCUGUCAUCUGUCUUCAUUGGCAGCGAUGAUAGCAAAAGACCUGGUAUAGGGGGAUAUAUUAUUAAUCCCGAGGGAUCUCUCAGCCUGACUGGCUUGACGGCCGAAGAGAAGACGAGCUAUCUGUCGGAAAUGUUCCCCUCUGUAACUCAGUACACUAUCAAGCACACAUUGGCCAAAUGCGAUUACGAUGUGGAUCGCUCAAUGGAUGUUUUAUUAAACUUGGCCUUCUUUGAUAGUCAGUGUGCUACUGGUGACGAAGAGUCAACUGUUUUCAUACCCAAAGGUGUUGACGGCUUCUCGUCUCCUAGCACGAAUGGAAAAAGAAAGGGGAAAAGCAAGAGAGCAAAAAUAAAAAAUUCACGAGAAGUUUCGAACCAUAGAACCUUGUCAGAUUCAGCUCAAGACAACACUACUAAGACAAACAAGUGGGACGCUGCAAAACAGGACCUGGAGUUUAUUCACUCCAGAACGUCGUCAGUACUCAAGAAGGAAACCGUUGCCUCAGCUUACCACAAGAACCAUGCCUCUUGUUCGGAAACAAUUAGAUUUCUUGCGACUUGUCAUGCCCCUACAAAUGCCAGCGAGGAUGCGGUCAUCGUAUCACAGGUUGCAGAGCUUGCUCAGGAGUUUUCUACCGUCGUUCCACCUACCAUUAUGGAAGGCUUGCUCAAUAUCACGGGCCAUUCGGUGUCCGCUGCCAAUGAGCUAGCCAGAGCUAUGGUCUUCCGACCCAUACCUCAGUUGUCAGACAUUAUUCGAAUCAAUGCGCCAGCUCCUAUUCUGGACGAGAACGAAGCGCCAAAACGGAGUCCGGCCGCUGUUCAGAGAACGACCCCCAACAACAACUAUAGUGCUGUCCAGAGCAUGGCUGAAUCACACUUUGCUGCGGGUUCGAUUGCGUUUACUCAGGCGUCCUCUGCUUAUCGUCGUAGCAAGUCUGAUCGCUUAAUGGGUGGUGCGGCGGCGUACUACGCCUCGGUCGGUCGAGAUCAUCUCGAAAGAGCUAAAAGGGAGGCAUCUGCAGCUGCUGAUGGGCUUGUCAACUCGCAGUCGACAGCAGAUGUUCUCGACUUACACGGCGUCAGUGUCCAUGACGGCGUACGCAUCGCUAACAAUCGCGUUUGCCAGUGGUGGGAAGACUUGGGAGACGCGAAAUAUGUAAUUGGCGGGACCGCUGGGAGAUCCUACAAGAUAAUCACUGGCGCAGGGCGUCAUAGUCGCGACGGAACAUCACGCCUAGGCCCUGCUGUGGGCAAAAUGCUCGCAAGAGAAGGAUGGAAAGUUGAAGUCGGCGAGGGAGUGCUCACUGUUACAGGCAAACGCCGGUCGAAAUAA